AUGACGGAGGAGGAGGACCUUCGCACUCUCUUGAAGAAGGUGUUGAUCACCCAUACUCGGGAUCAGGAAGCUCAUCAGGCGGACUCCCAGGAGAUUUGGCGGGCUAUAGGCGAACUGAGAGAGUUCGUGAUGCAGCGACAGGGGCAACCCCGAGCCAGGCGGAGCCGCCCCGCCGACGGACGGCGAAGGCGCAGGGGCGCCGCUGGCCGCGAGGUCUUCGUUGGCAGGGGGCGGCGCCUCUGA